AUGGCAGAUAUUGCCAGGACUGAAGGAGUCUCCAGUGAGACCGUUGCCAAUGCCAGUUCAGAGCUCAGUUUGGAAGCAGAUUUCCAGUAUUCCCUGUUUACCAUCAUCUACAGCAUUGUCUUUGUGCUGGGACUGAUAGAAAAUGUCUUAGCUCUGUACUUCCUGUCCUGCAGAGUGAAGCACACUUCUCAUUCCCACGUCUACAUGAUUAACCUGGCUCUGGUAGACACCUUGUUUGUUUGUGUGUUGCCUUUUAAAAUUAAUUACCACCUGAAUGGCAACAAUUGGAUCUUUGGUGACAUGGCUUGUAGGAUAACUGGGAGUUUGUACUAUAUCAACAUCUAUCUGAGCAUUGCCUUCUUCACCUGCAUUUGUGUGGAUCGCUACGUUGCAGUGUUGCAUCCCUUCACCUACAUCCAGAUCAAAGUCAGCUACUGUGUGUUCGUGGUCACAGUCCUUUGGGCGGUCGCUCUGAGUGUCCUGGUUCCACUCAUUGUUGGAGGUCCCCUGCACAACAGUGGUGUGAGGAACACAACAGCAUGUUUUGAGAAAUUUACUAGAAGUAGCUGGACUUACCGCAUGGCACCUUACAACAUCCUGGCCUUGGUUUUCGGGUUUGUGAUCCCAUUUUCCAUCAUUCUGAUCUCAUACCCCCUCAUCGCGAGGAGGAUCUCGCAGAUCAGACGCAGCAUUCGCAAGAGGAAGGCCCUGAACACCAUUUACUUCAUCUUGCUCAUUUGUGCUUUGUGCUUUCUGCCCUAUCACCUCACACACUUGCUCCACUUCUUAAUGAGGAUCCAGGUCAUCCAGAACGAGGCAUUUACCAGCUUGAUCUACAAAAUGCGAAGGGUCACCUUAGCCCUGGUGAGUUUCAACUGUUGCCUGAACCCCCUCUUGUACUACUACACCUCUUCCAGCAAGCAGUGCUGCUUCAACCUCAAGCUGAGAUUCAGGUCUAAAAUGGUGUACACCAUCUGUGACCAGAAGUGUGGGGAGUCCUCCUACGUCUAUAAACUGCAACAGAGACAUGGAAAUAAAAACCACAGAGAUGGAAUCAACGGAUCUGUGUAA